AUGGCCUCACGAUUCUCGUCAAGACGGCUUCUCAAGCCCUUGGCCUAUGGAACAGGUGUGGCUGUUGCUGGAACCACACUCCUUUAUGUGGCCUAUCGACCCCGAAACGUACCGGGUGCAGAAACACUUGCUCCCAAGCCUCCUCGAAGAGACCAAAACGGCGUUAUAAUCCCUCCCUCAUUUCCCCAUAUCAAAGCGAGAUCCGAUCAGAUCGCAGACCUCAAGAAGUCCACUUCUGCACCUGCAUCCGAAGUCUACGACCUUCUGGUUAUCGGCGGUGGUGCUACAGGCACAGGUAUUGCGCUUGACGCGGCCACAAGAGGGUUAAAAGUCGCAAUUGUGGAAAGAGACGAUUUCAGCAGUGGCACAAGCAGUAAAUCCACCAAACUGGUACAUGGCGGUGUACGAUACCUGGAGAAGGCAGUCUGGAAUUUGGACUACAACCAGUACCAACUGGUGAAAGAGGCGUUGAGAGAGCGGAAGAGCUUCUUGUACACAGCGCCACAUCUUUCUUCAUGGCUACCAAUUAUGCUGCCACUGCAAAAAUGGUGGCAAUUGCCAUAUUUCUGGGCAGGCACCAAGGCCUACGAUUUCCUGGCGGGCUCUGAAGGCAUUGAAAGCUCCUAUUUCUUGCCUAGGAGCAAGGCUCUAGACGCGUUCCCUAUGCUCAAGAAGGACAAUCUCGUGGGCGCUCUGGUAUACUACGAUGGACAACACAACGAUUCGCGAAUGAACGUCUCACUGGCCAUGACUGCUACUUUGUAUGGUGCCACAACUGUCAAUCAUCUCGAGGUGACUGGUCUCGAAAAGGAUGCCAGUGGCCAAUUGACAGGCGCCCGUGUACGCGAUCUGAUAGCCGACAAGGACGGAAAAUCAGGUAACGACGAUUUCGUGGUCAAGGCCAAAGGUAUCAUCAACGCAACUGGUCCAUACGCCGAUGCGAUUCAGCAAAUGGACCAACCAACCCACAAGGAUAUCGUGGCACCGAGCUCUGGAGUCCACGUGGUACUUCCCGGCUACCUCAGUCCUCAGAACAUGGGCUUGAUCGAUCCAUCUACCUCCGAUGGACGAGUGAUUUUCUUCCUCCCGUGGCAAGGCAACACGAUCGCUGGGACGACAGAUGCACCUUGCUCGAUUGAGCAGAAUCCUGUGGCCGGCGAGAAAGAUAUCGAUUGGAUCCUGAACGAAAUUCGGACCUAUUUGACUCCAGACAUCGAAGUCCGACGUUCCGACAUUCUUGCCGCAUGGUCAGGUAUCCGUCCUCUCGUCCGCGAUCCCAAGGCGAAAAAUACCCAAUCACUCGUCCGCAACCAUCUUGUCACUGUCUCUGAUUCUGGUCUUUUGACAUGCGCUGGUGGAAAGUGGACUACCUACCGCCAGAUGGCCGAGGACGCAGUGGAUGAAGCGAUCAAAGUCUUCAAACUCCAAACCAAGCCAGUUACCUACGUCCCUGACAUCAGUGGCGUGAACGGUAUUGACCCGACCUCGAAGAUCCUCAAUGGAGCAUGCCAGACGCAUCACAUCCGUUUGCUCGGAGCACAUGGUUAUUCUACGACAUUAUUCAUCAACCUGGUUCAGCACUUUGGCCUUGAAAUCGACGUUGCGAAACAUUUGGCAUCCGACUACGGCGAUCGAGCUUGGGCUGUUGCAGCUUUGGCGUCGCCAAUCGAAAAUUCCGAGCACUACCCUCUCCGUGGCCAACGAUUGUCGUCCAUGUACCCGUACAUCGAUGGAGAAGUGCGCUACGCUGUACAGAGCGAAUACGCGCAGACGGCCAUUGACCUGCUUGCUCGACGCACUCGAUUGAGCUUCUUGAACGCUCAAGCUGCACUACACGCCCUUCCCAGCGUGAUUGAUAUCAUGGGUGAAGAGUUGCACUGGAGUGCGCAAAGAAAGGAGGCAGAGUGGCGUGAUACUGUCAAAUUCUUGGGCAGCAUGGGUUUGCCCGCCGACAUGCUCGAGGUUACCCGCGAGGAAGUGCUCAAAGGCGAUCUACCUUCCACCAAUAACCUGGCCCCUGCACAAGGUUCGUCCAAGGGAGUGGUGCCUGUAAGGCCGACUGUUGAACCAGUCUCAGCCGCACAUGGACCGGUUCCUUGA